AUGCCAGUGAAACCAGACCUCCAACAGCUGGAAAAGUGUAUUGAUGAUGCUUUGAGGAAAAAUGACUUCAAACCUUUGAUAACACUUUUACAAAUUGAUAUUUGUGAAGAUGUGAAAAUUAAAUGCAGCAAACAAUUCCUCCACAAGUUGGAUGACUUAAUAUGCAGGGAACUUAAUAAAAAGGAUAUCCAAACUGUUUCAAACAUCUUGAUAUCUGUUGGAAGAUGUAGCAAGAAUAUUUUUAUACUGGGACAAGCUGGACUUCUAACCAUGAUGAAACAAGGAUUAGUUCAAAAGAUGGCUUCCUGGUUUGAAAAUUCCAAGGAGAUUAUUCUGAGUCAAGGACAAUCAAAAGAUGAAGCUGUUAUGAAUAUGAUAGAAGACUUAUUUGAUCUUUUGAUGGUCAUAUAUGACAUCAAUGAUGAAGGUAAAAAACAAGUGUUGGAAACUUUCAUACCUCACAUUUGUACCCUGGUUAUUGAUACAAGAGUGAAUAUUUGCAUUCAACAGGAGGCUUUAAAAAAAGUGAAUUUGAUGCUUGACAGAAUACCUCAAGAUGCCAACAAGAUACUUUCUAAUCAAGAAAUGUUAACUCUCAUGAGUAAUAUGGGAGAAAGGAUUUUAGAUGUAGGAGAUUAUGAAUUACAGGUAGGCAUUGUGGAAGCUUUAUGUAGAAUGACCACAGAAAAACGGAGACAAGAACUUGCAUGCCAGUGGUUUUCAAUGGAUUUUAUUGCUAAUGCAUUUAAAGAAAUUAAAGACUGUGAAUUUGAAACGGAUUGCAGGAUAUUUCUCAAUCUGGUAAAUGGCAUGCUUGGUGAUAAGAGGAGAGUCUUUACAUUUCCUUGCUUAUCAGCAUUUCUUGAUAAAUAUGAGCUGCAGAUACCAUCAGAUGAAAAACUUGAGGAAUUCUGGAUCGAUUUUAAUCUUGGGAGCCAGACUCUGUCAUUCUAUAUUGCUGGAGACGAUGAGGAUCAUCAAUGGGAAGCAGUCACUGUUCCUGAAGAAAAAGUUCAAAUGUACAACAUUGAAGUGAGAGACUCAAAGAAGCUACUGACUGUAACUCUGAAAAAUAUAGUGAAAAUUAGUAAAAAAGAAGGGAAGGAAUUACUUUUAUAUUUUGAUGAAUCUUUAGAAAUCACCAGUGUAACUAAAAAAGUUUUUGGUGGACAUAAGUACAAGGAAUUUACCAGAAAACAAGGUAUUUCAGUUGCCAAAACAUCUAUUCAUAUACUUUUUGAUGCAAGUGGAUCACAGAUUCUAGUGCCAGAAAGUCAACCAUCUUCAGUUAAAGAAGACCUUGCUUAUCUAAAAGAGAAAUCUAACCACCAAAAGAGACUUACAAAUUCUCUAAAACAGGACAACAGCAGCAGCCAGAGUGACAGGAAAAGCAGUCAGGAUGAGAUCACUACACCUAGCAGAAAGAAAAUGUCUGAAGCAUCAAUGAUUGUUUCCAGUACAGACAGAUACACUGUGCGAAGUCCAAUACUCUUAAUUAACACAUCAACACCGCAAAAAUGUAGGACACCACUGCAAGCAGUAAAUUCUGCUGAAAAAGCUGUUUCUAAAAUAUCAGAAAGUGGAAUGGAUUAUGCAGUGUCACUCAAGUCUAUACAAUCUGAUGGAAGAAAUAGAUGGAAUACUAGAGCCAAACAUAAUAAAACUACUAAAACUGUAGAAAACAAAGAAAAUGAGAACAGUGAAGCCCCAGACCAAAAUUUCAAUGAAGUUGAGGACACUCUUUCUGAUGCAUUUACAGCGGGAAAAGUAGAUAAGCCUGUAUUACCUGGAAUUUCAGACAUGUCGAAAAAUAAACCACAUUCCAAAUGGGCAUGUUGGACACCUGUAACUACUAUCAAACUCUGCAAUAACCAGAGAGCCGGUGCAUUACCAGAAGACACUUUUACCGGAGAUACUGGUAUCAACAAUAAAUGCAAUAAACAAAAAUCAGCAUCUGAUGAUGAAUCUGAAGAAACACAAAGGAUAAAAUGCAGUAAAAAUGUAAUCAAGUGUAACAAGUCAGAUCAAGCAGAAGUUUGUGAAAGAAAUAUUCAGGAAGAAAAUCAUCCUAAAUAUUCACAAAAGAAAAAUACUGAAAAUGUAAACCAGAAUGAUUGGCAUAUUGAAUCUGAAACUACUUAUAAAUCAGUACUUCUGAAUAAGACAACUGAAGAAUCACUCAUCUAUAAGAAGACGUGUGUAUUGUCAAAAGAUGUGAAUACUACUAUCUGUGAUAAAAGCAUGAGGAGUCAGACAAAAUCAAGGAAAGAGCUGAUGUCUGAACUUAAUUCAUGUGAGCUAAAAGAAAUACCAAUGAGAGAAAAUUCAGAAGAGAAAGGACUUACUGGUGCAGCAGAAUCCUUGAUAAGCCAAAUUAGUAAGAGGUACAACCCAAGUGAUAGCAUGAUAUCAACAAGAAAAAUAAAGGAGCCCCGGAAUGGCAGUGGGUUUUCAAAGAAACCUGACUUGGAGUUCAAUGAGGUUCAGAAAAAGAGUUACAGAAAACUGAAGACAACUUUUGUUAAUGUUACUUCUGAAUGUCCACCACUGAAUGAUGUAUAUAAUUUCAGCUUGAAUGGUGCCGAAGAACCUGUUAUAAAACUUGGAAUACAAGAAUUUCAAGCUACAACCAGAGAAGCCAGUAUGGAUAAUUCAGUAAAAUUGGUAGGUGUAAGGAAUCAUGAUGAGCAUGACCUGUCUCUCAAAACAAAAGAUAAAAAAAUAUUAAGUCAUGAGAAGAAAACUCUCUUUAGUGACACUGAAACAGAAUAUGGAUAUGAUGACAGCAAGACUGACAUUAGCUGGCUAAGAGAACCAAAAUCAAAAAGACUAAUGGAUUAUAGUAGGAAUAAAAACACGAAGAAAUAUAAAAAUAGAAAAUCAAGGUCAUCCAUGGAAAAGGGACAGCCAAGAUCCACAACGGUACUCAAUAAAAACAUUACCAAAAAGGGUUAUGAAAUAGUUAGAAAUACAAGAAACAGACUUCCACGAAGAGCAGCGAAAACAAAAAAAAAUUAUAAGGAUCUCUCAACUUCAGAAUCAGAACCAGAGAGUGAAAAAAUUUUUUCAUAUAUAGUUGAAGAUAAUCUGCCAAUAAAGGAGGAGACUAUCCAUUCCAAAGCCCAAACCAAGAGACUGCCCAAGAAACAACAGAAAGUCUUCAAUACAGAAGCGCCAAAAGGACAGCUAUCAGAAAAACAGAAAAACUCAUCUAAGCUCAGCGAUGGGAGAGAAGACUGUCUUUGCCUAUCUUCUGCAUCUGUGUCUGGGAGUCCAUCAUCCGUGGAAGUGAUGAGAUGUAUGGAGAAAAUAACAGAAAGGAAUUUUACUAGGGAUUAUGACUACAUCACAAAAUCUCUUUCGCCUUAUCCAAAAACUGCAUCAUCUGAAUCCCUAAAUGGUAACAACAGAGUUAAAGAUCAGGGAAAAUCACCAAGAAUCAGUGAGAUGAGGACACUAUUUGUGAGAAAGAGUUACUCACCUGUUUCAGGACUGCAGUCUUCGCCCAGGCAUACUCCGACCAAGAAUAGAAAAUAUACAAAUUCAGUGAUAAAUAAUCAAACAGUGAUAAAUAAUCAACAUUGUAACAGCUAUUCAGAUGUAAGCAGUAAUAGUUCAGAGAAACAUUUUAUGGAAACUGAAUCUCCAUAUAGUGGUGAAAACCAUAUGCAAAGCAAGAGAGAGGAAAGUCAUGCAGCAUCUCCAUUAUCAUUGUCUAGUGAAAGAACAGAGAAAAUAUUGUUUGAUAUGCCCAAUGACAAUACUCAUGUAUCAGGUCCCAGUCAACGUAAUUGCAAAAGACAGAUGUACUUAGAAGAUUAUGCUCUAAAUAAUUCCAAUGAAGCAGAAGUGGAAGAGGUAGAAGGAAGAGAACAUUUGUUUUCAAAAAAACUAUGUCAAAGGGAACAUUUGGAUCAACACACUCAAAAAACUUCAUUAUUGACACCAGAUUUUACUGUUCCUGAGGACUGGCAACAGGAGUUACCUGCUGGGAUGUUUUAUGAUAACAUCAACUCAGACUAUAAGAGGAAAACUGAUUUUAACAUUUUGGCCAGGCCUCAUGUUUAG